CAGCAGCUUUGCUUUAGCUAUUCUUCUCACUCCAACAUGCCUCCAUCUGCCAAAAAGACAAUUGCCUCCUUUUCUGACGAGAGAUUUCAGGCUGUCGUCUUGACCGACUCUUUCGAGAAGAAAUUCGCUCCCUUGACCUACAACCUACCAAGAUGCUUACUACCCUUGUGCAAUAUUCCCUUGAUUGAGUACACUUUGGAGUUUUUGUCCAAAAACAAAAUAUCUGAGGUUUUUCUAAUGUGUUCAAGUCAGCAUUACCUUAAAAUCAAGGACUACAUUUCCACCUCCAAAUGGUCUAACAACAAGUCCUCCCCCUCCUCCAACAACAACAACAACUCUUCUGACAACUAUUUCCAAAUCAAACUCAUUCUAACUAAGGAUUCUAACAGCGUUGGCGACGUUCUAAGAGAAAUUGACACGAAGAAUAUCAUCCAAAACGACUUCCUACUCAUCUAUGGCGACAUAAUCUCUAAUAUAGAUCUCCAAAAACCCUUGGACUACCACAGAUUGAUCAAGAAAAACGAUAGAAAUCACAUCAUGACAAUGAUUCUACUUAACUCCUCCGAAAAUCAUUGUUCAAGCAACAACACCUCCUCAAUCUCAUACAACACUAACUACUCUUCCUUCUCAUCCUUCAACAAAUGCAUUUACUACGACAAGAUCAACCCAAUCAACAAAAAGCAAUCCUCAAUCUCCCUCGACCUCGAUCUAUUCAAUAAUAACGACUUGUCUGACUUUUACAUCUCAAACAACCUAAUCGACCCUCAUAUCGAUAUCUGCUCUCCCAACAUCCCCCUCUUGUUCCAGGAAUAUUUCGAAUACAAUAACUUGAGAUCUGAUUUUGUCAACGGCAUCUUGUCCUCUGAUCUAUUGAAAAGAUCAAUCUACGCCUACAUUCUAAACAACAACAAUUGCAACAAAAACAAUAUCAUCAACUACGCUACAAGAAUAGACUCCUUCCAAACCUACGACUCAAUCUCAAAGGAUAUCUUGCAAAGAUUCACCUACCCACUUACCCUAGACUCAAACCUACUCUCAAUUAACAACGAAAUUCAGUUUUACUCUCACUUUGAAACCUCCCUUAACAAUAUCUACAAACAGAAAAACGUCAUUCUUUCCCAAAACUCAAAGCUACUCUCAAACAUCCUAAUCGGUAACAACACCCUCGUUCAAAAUAACGCUUUAAUCAAAAACUCAAUCAUUGGCAAAAACUGCAAAAUAGGUAAAAACACUAAAAUCUUAAACUCUUAUAUCUUUGACAACUCAAUUGUUCAUGAAAACUGUCUCAUUCUCAACUCCUUGAUUGCCUCAAACUCAGUCAUACACAAAAAUACAAAACUAAACUCAAAUUGUAUCAUUGGUUACAACUGCAUUGUUGACCAAAAUAUAUCCCUACCUAAGAAUACUAAAAUUAUUGACAAUAAAAAUUACUCUCUAAUCGAUAAUCAAUUCUGCAAUUCAUCCCAAGAUUCUUUUUAUCCUGAUGACAAUGACGAUGACGAUCUUCAAGAUACUGACGACAGCACCAAAAGACUAAAAAAAUCUUCCCUAUCUAACGACGAUACUCUAUCCGAUCUUCUUGGUCCAGCUGGUAAAGGAUAUUUGUAUUUAUCUGACAACGAUGACUCCGAUGUCGAUGAUAUUGACUUAAAUCGCCUUAACUCCCAAAAAUCAGAUGAUUCCGAUGCUGAAUUUGAUUCAAACUAUUCCCUAGACCUAGAGCAGGAACACUUACUAGAUAAGGAAUUGGGCGACGAUUUGUUUGAUAGAUCCAAUGAAAAUAACCAUCAAGCUGACAGAGAGUUUAAAAAGGAAGCAUUGGCUACAUUCAACAGAUCUUUUAUAAACAACCACGAUCUAGAUACCACAAUACUAGAGAUAAACACUCUAAGAAUGAGUUACAAUGUCGGAUAUAAUGAGGUUCGUAACGCUACCAUCAUAUCCAUUUUCAAUCGAAUUGAAUCUUUGAUCGCCAACGAUAACAUGAAGUUUCAAGAAUUCUGCCUGAAAGUGAUGAACCAAUGGAUCCCUUUGUUUAGAAGACAGAUCUUUGAUCAAAAGGACAAGAACGACUUCUUGGACCAGUUGAUCAAAAUCAGCAAAAAGUACCCAAAUCUUGGAGACAAGUUGGUCUACAUGACCAUCGACUCAGUCUACAACAAUGACAUUGUGUUGGAGGACGAUAUUCUCAACUGGUUCGAUGAAAACCAGAAAAACAUCAAAAACCAGCUUGUCGUAAAAUACGUCGACUGGCUCAGAAACGCUGAAUCUGAGUCUGAGUCUGAAAACGAUGAUGGUGAA